AUGGCUGAACAGCAAGCCCUCGCCACAACAGUAAGAAAUUUGGAGCGUCAAAUGGGACAGCUGGCUAGUGCUCAAAACACCAGACCGGCUGGAGCUCUUCCAAGUGACACUGAAGCAAAUCCUAGGGCGACCUUUAAUGCCGUGUCGUUGAGGAAUGGAAGACAACUGGAAGAAGUUCAACCUAAAAAGAGGAAACAUGUGACUUUUAAUGAGAGGCCAGCCAUUGUAGAAUCAGCAUCAGAGUUAGCCAAGGAACCAGUGAAGCCAUCUGGAGGGGCGGUGCAAAUUAAUAUUCCAUUGGUUGACAUCUUACAAGAAGUACCCAAAUAUGCAAAGUACAUCAAGGACAUUGUGGCGAAUAAAAGGAGGCUGACCGAGUUCGAGACUGUGGCACUCACUGAGGAGUGCAGUUCCAGAAUUCAAGGCAAGUUACCUCAAAAAUUGAAGGAUCCAGGUAGCUUCACUAUCCAAAUCACGAUUGGUAAACAUGCUGUUGGGAGAGCUCUAUGUGACCUUGGAGUAAGCAUAAAUUUGAUGCCGCUAUCUAUAUUCAGACAGUUGGGGUUGGGUGAACCACGCCCAACAACAGUUAUCUUACAGUUAGCUGACCGCUCCCUUGCUCAUCCUGAGGGAGUCAUUGAAGAUGUGCUAGAGCAAGUGGGGAAGUCCCAUUUAUUUUGGGGCGUCCAUUCUUAG